AUGGCAGCAUGUUUUUCCCUCUACUACGGCCAGAAUCAUGAACAGUUGAACUGCCAUACCAGAGGGCAUCCCAGUCAAAGCCGUCAAGUCUUGCGGUCUAGGACUUGUUGCUUUGCAGGCAUCACAGCCUCUCUCAAUGUUGACCUCUCACCAUCACAUGCAACCAUUUCUGGGGAUCCAUUUAGCACUCUUGAGGCUAUUAGGAAUACCAAGGUAGACAUACAAACAACAUCAGAAGCUACCUCAUAUUUAAUCCAGCGAUGGAUGCUGGCAGAUUUAGACCCUGCCAACGCAAAGUUAGCAAUAGUAAUGUCCUGGUACCCGAAGCUUCCCGUUGGGAAGUUUCCGUAUGUAUUAGCUUAUGCUCCCACAGAACCACUUCUCACUCCAACCAGAAAGUUGAUUCCACCACUUGGAGGAUUGGAUGUGACUCCUGUGGCACCAGGAGGCAAAACAUACAUUCAGUUUUGUAAUGCGAGACUUCAUACAUGUAAACUUGCUGCUAAGGCUGAGUUUGUUUAUUUAUUUAAAAAGCAGGUGGUGGUGAUUAUUGAUGAUCAAUUUGUUCAUUCAUUCAACCAACAGAUGAUGAGGCUUAUUGAUGACAAAAUGCGUUUGAAAUUGUGA